AUGUAUUUACAACUACUGUCUCACUUGCGUCCACACUUGAUGCUGAAGGACUUCAUGACGAAUGUAACCAUAUUUAUUAUACCAGUGAUUUCUUCUAUCUUCCAUCAACAUUUGUUUUAUUUCAAUUCUUUUUUUUCAUAUGCAAUUGUUGUUCCUUCACCAUUCUAUUUUAUUAUACUUUUUCUUUCAUAUGUAUUCGUCCUUCCUUCAUCAUUCCAUUUUAUUAUACUUUUUCUUUCAUAUGUAUUCGUCCUUUCUUCAUCAUUUCAUUUUAUUAUUCUUUUUUCUUUCAUAAGUAUUCGUCCAUCUUCGUCAUUCCAUUUUAUUAUACUUUUUCUUUCAUAUGUAUUCGUCCUUUCUUCAUCAUUUCAUUUUAUUAUUCUUUUUUCUUUCAUAAGUAUUCGUCCUUCAAUCAUCAUUCCAUUUUAUUAUUAUUUUUCUUUCAUAUGUAUACUUUCUUCAUUCAUCAUCCCAUUUUAUAAUUAUUAUUAUUAUUAUUAUUUCACAUGUAUUCUUCCAUCCUUCAUCAUUCCGCUUUAUUAUCCAUUUUCUUUUUUGAUCAUUAUUAGUUUUUAUUUUCGUUUUUUCGUUUUUGUUCGUCAUUCCUUAAUGGUUAUCUUUAUUGCAUUUUUGGUUUUUCUGUUUUUCUGUUUUUCUUCAUCAUUCCGUAAUUAUUCCUUUUUAUUAAAUUUUCAGGGUUUUUUUUUCGCUAUCCUUUAA